GUGGCGGGAGUUUUCGGAUGCGCUGGCGGCGACCCUGUCUGCAGCAGUUGAUCGGGGCUGGGCCGGGCUGAGGGCGCGGACGGCGGAACCGGGAAGGCGACUGACUCCACCUCGGCUCGGGGCUUUCUGAGCCUGUGCGGGAGGAUGCAGCGGCAGCGGCCACGGCUGCUGACCCCCGCGGGACAGGGCCCUGCCGCGGGUCCGGCUUACCCUUGCUCAGCCUCGCUCCGCAAGAUGCCACGCAGGAAGGGCCCUCAGCACCCUCCGCCUCCGGGCGGCCCCGAGGAGCCGGGGGAGAAACGGCCCAAGUUUCAUCUAAGUAUUAGGACACUGACAGAUGAUAUGCUGGACAAAUUUGCCAGCAUAAGAAUUCCAGGGAGCAAGAAAGAGAGACCUCCACUUCCCAGCCUGAAGACUACAUUUGCAAGCAGUGAAUGCUCAUUAGCCUCUUCAGAGAUGGAAAACCUUCCCAAGCCACUGGCACAGAAUGAGGUCUUGGAGCUUUUUGAAAAGAUGAUGGAAGAUAUGAAUUUAAAUGAAGAUAAAAAGGCACCAUUGCGGGAAAAGGACUUCAGUAUCAAAAAAGAAAUGGUGAUGCAGUACAUUAAUACCGCUUCGAAGACAGGAAGUCUUAAGAGCAGCCGACAGAUUUCACCUCAGGAAUUCAUCCAUGAUCUGAGAAUGGGGCCAACAGAUGAGAGACUCGUCACAUGCCUGGAAUCUCUCCGAGUGUCUUUGACCAGUAAUCCUGUGAGUUGGGUCGAAAGCUUUGGAUGUGAGGGUCUUGGAAUAUUACUAGAUAUUUUGGAAAACCUAAUUAAAAGAAAAACACAGGACAACAUUAUAAAGAAGAAUCAACACAAAGUCGUACAAUGUCUAAAAGCCUUGAUGAAUACACAGUAUGGCUUAGAAAGAAUUAUGAGUGAAGAGAGAAGUCUUUCUUUGCUGGCCAAGGCCAUGGAUCCUAAGCACCCUAGCAUGAUGACCGAUGUGGUUAAACUCCUUUCUGCAGUGUGCAUUGUCGGGGAGGAAAGCAUCCUGGAGGACGUUUUAGAAGCUUUAACGUCAGCUGGAGAAGAAAGAAAAAUUGACAGAUUUUCUUCUAUUGUAGAAGGCCUUCGGCACAAUUCAGCUCAACUGCAGGUAGCUUGUAUGCAGCUCAUCAAUGCCCUUGUUACAUCUCCUGAUGAUUUGGACUUCAGGCUUCAUAUCAGGAAUGAAUUUAUGCGCUGUGGAUUGAAAGAGAUAUUGCCAAAUUUAAAGUGUGUUAAGAAUGAUGGCCUGGAUAUCCAACUUAAAGUCUUUGAUGAGCACAAGGAAGAAGAUUUGAUUGAGUUUUCCCAUCGCCUUGAAGAUAUUAGAGCUGAAUUUGAUGAAGCUCAUGAUGUUUACAACAUGUUGUGGAAUACUGUUAAGGAAACUGCAGCAGAGGGACAUUUUAUAUCUAUCCUUCAACAUCUGCUGCUGAUUCGCAAUGAUUAUUUUAUAAGGCAACAAUACUUCAAAUUAAUUGAUGAAUGUGUAUCUCAGAUUGUUCUACAUAGAGAUGGAAUGGAUCCAGACUUCACAUAUCGAAAGAGACUAGAUUUAGAUUUAACACAGUUUGUGGAUGUUUGCAUAGAUCAGGCUAGACUGGGAGAGUUUGAAGAGAAAGCUUCGGAACUGAACAAAAAAUUUGAAAAAGAGUUUACAGACCACCAAGAAACCAAGGCACAAUUGCAGAAAAAUGAGGCAAAGAUUAAUGAGCUUCAAGCAGAGUUGCAAGCUUUUAAAUCUCAGUUUGGUGCCCUGCCAGCUCAUGUGAAUAUUCCUUUGUCAUCAAAAGAAGAUGGAAGUGGCCCCCCAGCACCACCUCCUGCUCCUCCACUGCCCUCCUGUGGAGGGGUGCCUCUGCCACCCCCUCCUCCACCCCCUCCUCCACCUCCACUUCCAGGAAUGCCAUUGCCAUUUGGGGGUGCUGUGCCUCUGCCACCUCCCCUGGGAUUUCUCGGUGGACACAAUGCACCACCACCACCAAGCCUGCCAUUUGGAUUGAAACCAAAGAAAGAAUUCAAACCUGAAAUCAGCAUGAGAAGAUUAAAUUGGUUAAAGAUCAGACCACAAGAAAUGACGGAGAACUGUUUCUGGAUAAAAGUAAAUGAAACUAAGUAUGAGAAUGUUGAUUUGCUUUGUAAACUUGAGAAUACAUUCUGCUGCCAACAAAGAGAGAAAAGAGAAGAGGAAGAUUUUGAAGAGAAGAAAGCUAUUAAGAAAAAAAUUAAAGAACUUAAAUUUUUAGAUUCUAAAAUUGCCCAGAACCUUUCAAUCUUCCUGAGCUCUUUCCGAGUACCUUAUGAAGAAAUCAGAAUGAUGAUAUUGGAAGUAGAUGAAACACAGUUGGCAGAGUCUAUGAUUCAGAACUUAAUAAAGCAUCUUCCUGAUGAAGAACAAUUAAAUUCAUUAUCUCAGUUCAAGAGUGACUACAGCAACUUAUGUGAACCCGAGCAGUUCGCUGUUGUGAUGAGCAAUGUGAAGAGACUACGGCCACGGCUCAGUGCGAUUCUCUUUAAGCUUCAGUUUGAAGAGCAGGUGAGCAACAUCAAACCUGACAUCACGGCUGUCAGUGCUGCCUGUGAAGAGAUAAAGAAGAGCAAAAGCUUCAGCAAGUUGCUGGAACUUGUAUUGCUAAUGGGAAACUACAUGAACGCUGGCUCCCGGAAUGCUCAAACCUUCGGAUUUAACCUUAGCUCCCUCUGUAAAUUGAAGGACACCAAAUCAGCAGAUCAGAAAACCACACUGCUUCAUUUCCUGGUACAAAUAUGUGAAGAGAAGUACCCUGAUAUUCUGAAUUUUGUGGAUGACUUGGAGCAUGUAGACAAAGCCAGCAGAGUCUCUGUAGAAACGCUGGAAAAGAAUUUGAAGCAGAUGGGAAGGCAGCUUCAACAGCUUGAAAAAGAUUUGGAAACCUUUCCCCCUCCUGAGGACUUGCAUGACAAGUUUGUGACAAAGAUGUCCAGCUUCGUUACCAGUGCAAAAGAACAAUAUGGAAAGCUUUCAAAAUUACAUGAAAACAUGGAAAAAUUGUACCAGAAUAUAAUGGGAUACUAUGCCAUUGAUGUGAAGAAAGUUUCAGUGGAAGAUUUUUUUACAGACUUGAAUAACUUCAGAACAACUUUCAUGCAAGCAGUGAAAGAGAACAUCAAAAAAAGAGAGACAGAGGAAAAAGAAAAACGUGCCAGAAUAGCUAAGGAAUUCGCAGAGAAGGAAAGACUUGAACGGCAGCAAAAGAAAAAGCGCUUACUGGAAAUGAAGACUGAGGGUGAUGAGACAGGAGUGAUGGAUAGUCUGCUGGAGGCCUUGCAGUCGGGGGCUGCCUUCCGCGACAGAAGAAAAAGGACACCGAAGCCGAAAGAUCUCCGGCAAAGUCUCAGUCCAAUGUCUCAGAGGCCUGUUCUGAAAGUUUGUAACCAUGAAAAUCAGAAAGUGCAGUUGACAGAAGGGUCACGUUCACACUACAAUAUCAAUUGCAACUCCACAAGGACUCCAGCCGCCAAGGAGCUUAAUUAUAAUCCAGACACUCAUACGUCUACAGGGAGGAUCAAGACAGUUGAGAAGAAGGAAGCCUGUAAUGUGGAAAGCAACAGAAAAAAGGAAAUGGAACUUCUUGGCUCUGUUUCUAAAAACGAGUCAGUUCCCGAAGUUGAAGCCCUGCUGGCAAGAUUACGAGCUUUAUAAAUUAAACUGGUAAAAAAAAAUGAUUAAACCAAGUAUAAAGCCAUGCUGUAAGCUGAAACACUUGAAAAAAUGCUUUUAUAUAAGUGAAUUUAUAUAGUUUUAAAUUAUGAUAUAUGCUAGAAGAGUAAAGCUAAAUACAUGAUUGCAAUGCUUUUUUUCUGUAUAUUUGAGGUUUGGGCUCAUUCAAGACUGCAGUGGGCUUUAAUGCUUUUUCUGUGUCUCUCCUGGAAUCCAUCUGUUCUAUAUUUGGUGUUAAUUAUACAUAUUGCUGUAGAGAGCAGGUAGGUGGCCAUGUGUUCAGCAAUGUGUCCUUAAAAUCUAUUUAAGUCACCGUAACUUUUGCUGUACUAUUUCAAUAUUAAUGAAUGUCAAAUCAUCAACCUUAAGUCUUUACAUAUCCACAUAUAUCCUCUGUAUAUUAUUUAUCCAGCCAUACAUUGCUUUAAAAAACAUACAAUUGAAUAUAUCAGAGCUAUUUGGAAAUGAC